AAAAAGUUCCGUCAGGCCUGGAUCAGAGAUUCUAGCCCUGAACAGAAGCCGCACUCAGUAGAGUAAGUGAACAUUUACAGAGGACUUACUAUAUGUUAGACACCAUGCGAAUCACUGUAUACAGCAUCCAUGUUCCCUUAAAAACCCCAGAUCCGCCUCUUCUCCGAGAAAACACCAAAUGGCGUGACGCCGGUGCAGUUGGGGGGCCCGGAGGCCCUGGUGGCCCUGGGAUGGGGAACCGCGGUGGCUUCCGCGGAGGUUUCGGCAGUGGCAUCUGGGGCCAGGGUAGCGGCCGUGGACUGGGCCUGGGCCGGGGCCGCAGAGCUCGCGGAGGCAAGGCCGAGGAUAAGGAGUGGAUGCCCGUCACCAAGCUGGGCCGCUUGGUCAAAGACAUGAAGAUCAAGUCCCUGGAGGAGAUCUAUCUCUUCUCCCUGCCCAUUAAGGAAUCAGAGAUCAUUGACUUUUUCCUGGGGGCUUCUCUCAAGGAUGAGAUUUUGAAGAUUAUGCCAGUGCAGAAGCAGACCCGUGCCAGCCAGCGCACCAGGUUCAAGGCGUUUGUUGCUGUCGGGGACUACAAUGGCCACGUCGGUCUGGGUGUUAAGUGCUCCAAAGUGGUGGCCACCGCCAUCCGUGGGGCCAUCAUCCUGCCCAAGCUCUCUAUUGUCCCCGUGCACAGAGGCUACUGGGGGAACAAGAUCGGCAAGCCUCACACCAUCCCUUGCAAGGUGACAGGCCGCUGCGGCUCUGUGCUGGUGCGCCUCAUCCCUGCCCCCAGGGGCACUGGCAUCGUCUCCGCACCUGUGCCCAAGAAGCUGCUCAUGAUGGCUGGUAUCGAUGACUGCUACACCUCAGACCGGGGCUGCACUGCCACCCUGGGCAACUUCACCAAGGCCACCUUUGAUGCAAUUUCUAAGACCUACAGCUACCUGACCCCUGACCUCUGGAAGGAGACUGUAUUUACCAAGUCUCCAUAUCAGGAAUUCACUGUGCACCUCAUCAAGACCCACACCAGAGUCUCCGUGCAGCGGACCCAGGCUCCAGCUGUGGCUACAACAUAGGGUUUUUAUACAAGAAAAAUAAAGUGAAUUAAGUGUGAAAAAAAAAAUAACACCCAGAUCCAUGGC